GCCCCGCCCCCGCCACCGGCCUGGUCGUCGCCAACGACGCCGACGGCAAGCGUUGCAGCCUGCUGACGCACCAGACCAAGCGCAUGUGCAGCCCCGCGCUGGUGGUGACCAACCACGAGGCGCAGGCCUUCCCGCUGCUGCGCAACCUGGUGCCGGGGGCGCAGGAGCGGCGUGUCCUGUUCGACCGCAUCCUGUGCGACGAAGGUGGCGGGCGGUACCGCGGCGUGGACCCCAUCGUCCCCUUCCUGGACCCCCAGCAGCUUCCCGCCAUGCGCGCCUUCUACGGCCUGGCGCCGCAGUGCCCCGUGCCCGAUGCCCUGAUCUCGCGCUCCACCGACCCCCACCCCAAGAAGCUCUACUACGUGUCGCCCGCCGUCAAGCUGCUGCUGCGCCAGGACGCGCGGGAGCAGGUCAAGGUGACGGCGGCGGGCGUGAAGAUUCUGGAGCGGCAGGACAGCAAG